AUGUUGAAAAAUGAAAAACGUAAAAAUCCAUCAUCAUCAUCAUCAUCAUCAUUGGUCAACAAUAAAAAAUUGUCCAAUGUUAGCUAUAAUCGUGCUAAACGAUGUAUACCGGAACGUUGUCAACCACCAGAUUGUCGUUGUGGCGGUCUUGAUAUUCCAGGCGGUUUUAAACCACGAGAUAUUCCACAAAUAGUUUUGCUGACUUUUGAUGAUUCGGUUAAUGAUUUGAAUCUACAUAUUUAUCGUCGUCUAUUUGAACAAGGACGUACAAAUCCAAAUGGCUGUCCAAUAUCGGCAACAUUUUAUGUUUCACAUGAAUGGACUGAUUAUGCACAAGUACAAAACCUAUAUGCAAAAGGACAUGAAAUUGCAUCACAUUCAAUUAGCCAUAGUUUUGGUGAAAAAUUUUCUAAAGAACGUUGGCUUGAUGAAAUUCUUGGACAAAAAGAAAUUCUUCAUCUUUACGGUGGUGUUGAUACAAAUGAAAUUCGUGGUAUGAGAGCACCAUUCUUACAGACUGGUGGUGAUACAAUGUUUGAAAUGUUAUAUCAAGCAAAUUUUUCCUAUGAUUCAUCAUUACCCGUUUAUGAUAUUGAUCCACCAUAUUGGCCAUAUACAUUAGAUUAUUCUAUUAAUCAUGAUUGUAUGAUUGAACCAUGUCCAAGUAAUUCAUAUCCAGGAUUCUGGGAAGUUGGCAUGGUCAUGUGGGAAGAUCUACGUGGUGGCCGUUGUUCAAUGGCUGAUGGCUGUUUUAAUCCAUCGGAUGAAGAUGGUGUUUAUGAAAUGGUCAAACGAAAUUUUCUUCGCCAUUAUACAUCAAAUCGUUCACCAUUUGGAAUGUAUUUCCAUUCAAGAUGGUUCUUAACUGAACAUAAUAUGAAUGGUUUCAUUAGAUUUUUAGACGAAAUGUUACAAUUAGAUGAUAUUUAUUUGGUCACAAAUUGGCAAAUGAUACAAUGGAUGCGUAAUCCAACACCAUUAACACAUAUGAAAAAAUUUUCACCAUUCGGUUGUGAUUAUAUUAGAAAUCGGCCACCAUUAUGUAAAUCACCACAUACAUGUAAAGCACGUUUCCGUAAUGAAAUACGUACAUUAAAAACAUGUCAAACAUGUCCACAAUCAUAUCCAUGGACAGGUAAUAAUGGUAGUGAAUAGUAGUAGGUAAAAAUUAUUAUUAAAAAUAGGUCAAUAGGUUGUUUUUUGUUUUUUUGUUUCCUAACUUUUAUUCUCAAACACAUAAAUAUAAUAUAAAAUAGUAAGGAAACAAAACAAAACAAAAAAUUCUUAAUCAAUCAAUCAAUCAAUGACAAUUUUGGAUUUAAAAAUGAGUCUCAUUUCAAAAAAAAAGUGUGAUUUUCAAAGUCAGUUAGCUCUUAUGCUCGCACACGAACACAGACACACCCACCACCCAUCCAUACAAACACGCACAUACAUUCAUCAAUCAUCAUCAUACAGACACAUUUUGUUUCAAAGAAUUUGAUUCAUUUGGCAUAUCGAACAUUUAAU